GACAGGUGCCCUCGGUUCAUUGUCAGUGAGGGGCGCUUCCCUGUAUGAGCGCGGUCCGGAGCAAGUGGAUUUUGUCAUUUUCCGCCUGUGAUUUCUUAUUUUGUUUUUUCGUAAACCGUCAUUCAGGGGCUGGAUGGCGUGGGACAGGUGUAACCAGGAUUCGGUGUGGAGAGAACUAGAGUGUGCUGCCUUGGUUGGGGAAGACCAACCCCUUUGCCCUGACCUGCCUGAGCUUGAUCUUUCUGAGCUGGAUGUCAGUGACCUCGAUGCAGAUAGCUUCCUGGGUGGACUCAAGUGGUACAGCGACCAAUCAGAAAUAAUUUCCAGUCAGUAUGGGAAUGAAGUGUCAAACUUCUUUGAGAAGAUAGAUGAGGAAAAUGAGGCCAACUUGCUGGCGGUGCUCACAGAAACCCUGGACAGCAUCCCAGUGGAUGAGGACGGGUUGCCUUCGUUUGAGGCCCUGGCAGAUGGGGACGUGACCAAUGCCAGUGAUCAGAGCUGUCCUUCCACCCCCCACUGCUCGCCACGCACGCCGGAGCCAGAGGAGCCCUCCCUGCUGAAGAAGCUCCUCCUGGCUCCUGCUAACUCCCAGCUCAGCUAUAAUCAAUACCCAGGUGGCAAAGCACAGAACCAUGCAGCCAGCAACCAACGGAUCAGACCAACACCUGCUGUUGCCAAGACAGAAAAUCCCUGGAACAGCAGACCACGAGGGGCCUGUCCCAACCGGUCCGUGAGACGACCUUGCACUGAGCUACUCAAGUACCUCACCUCAAGCGACGAGGCCUUCCAGAUCAGAGCCAGGGAAGCCAAGAGCACCUGGACAGGCUGCGGCAAGGACAGGGGGGGCGCUUGCACCUUGUCCUGCUCGUCCUCCUCUUCUCCAUCUUCCUCGUCCACCUCCUCAUUCUCCUCUCUGUCGUCCUGCUCCUCCUCAACUGUCUCCAAAAAGAAGACGUCUUCUGCCUCCCUGUCUUCACAGCAGCAGCUGGCAGUUCAGGCCCAGCGAGGUGAGAGCCAGGCUCCUGGAGCGUGUAGUGUGGCUGGUGAGGGGGCAGGGAAGUGGCGGCGGUGUUCUCGCGGGGAGCGAUCCGCCCCGGUGGCGCCGUCGUUCCGCGGAGGCGGCUGCGGCCACGGCCACGCGUGCUCCGGCGAAGAGGGGCCAGACGCUGACAAAGGCAGCUCAGCCGCCGCCCGCUUUAUUAGGUACAUGCACUCUUACUCUCAGCCGCCUAGAGAGACGGGUCACGCAGGCACCUGCGGUCGUUGCCUCGAGGCGGGCGGCUUGGCUGAGGCUGGCCGCACUAAUAGGCACAUCACGGUGACCAUUAGGAAACGGAGGCAAGCGCUAGAGCACCCCAUGCUCAGCCAGAUGCUCUCUUCCAGACCCAGGCCGGCCCGUUACCGGGCCCACCUGCAGUCACCCUAUGCCCCCCAGAAUAAAAGACAAGCCCAACCCAACGUGGGUUGCCGUGGACACUUAGAUCAGAACAAAAAGACACACAAUCAAACGUUUAGCUUAGCUGACCAGAGCGAUCUCGAGUGUGGCAAAUUAGACUUAGAGAGCUGUUGGUUAAGCAAGCCAGAGCAGGUGAGUGCCAGCUUGCAUGAUCUGGUGGGACAAGAUGGGGAGGAUGUUUUUGAUGAUGUCAUAGGCAGCCCCCUGUCAUUCUCACAGGGCCUGCCAAGCCCCUUGUUCGCAGACUCUUUAGUUCCAGACCACACCCCCUUCAUCUCACAAGGGCAGCGCCCAAAUACACAAGCACUCUGCAGGCUCCCCGAUGACCAAGCCCCUCCAGUGUUAGCCAAACCAACCAUCUUGCCACUUCCUUUGACCCCAGAAUCUCCAAAUGACCACAAGGGAUCUCCGUUUGAGAACAAAACCGCUGAAUGCACAUUGAGUGUGGAGAUCUCUGGAACCCCAGGUCUGACACCACCUACCACGCCUCCUCACAAAGCCAGUCAAGAGAACCCUUUCAAAGUAUCACUCAAAAACAAGCUGUCUUCAUGCUCCUCCUCGGCCCCGUCAAGCAAAAGGCCCAGGCUGAGCAAUGGGGGCUCUUGCCCUCAGCCAACCAGCGGCUCUAUUCGGAAGGGCCCAGAGCAGACAGAGCUCUACGCCCAGCUGAGCAAGGCAUCCUCCACAAUGUCCCAAGGGGGAUCAGAAGAACGUCGGGGCAAGCGGCCCACGCCCCGUGUCUUUGGCGAUCACGACUAUUGCCAGUCAAAAAGCACAAAAAGAGACAGCACCACCACCAUUACCACAGCUGCAGCGGUUACUGGGCCAAUGGAGGGCCGGCAUGCAGAAUGUAAAGACUCAGACAUGCCAACUUCCACUACUUCUACAUCAUCUUUGUCUUCCGCCAACCCCUUGUCUUCCUCUCUGGCCAGGCAGCUUCAAGGCCUUUCCCCCACAGCUCAGGAGGCUUGUCCGACAGUGGAUGCUCGAAGACAGGACCCCAACCUCACUUCCGGCUCCAAAAGUUCAGCGGAUUGCUAUUCUGCUGGCAGGAAACUACUAAGGGACCAGGAGAUCCGGGAAGAGCUUAACAAGCACUUUGGAAACCAUCAGCAAGCCGUAUUUAAUGAGAAGGAGGGAGAGCAGAGGGGGACCCAGCCUGUUGAGGACAGCGAUUCUGGAGACGAGAACUCCGGCCUCCUCUGGGACUAUAUGCACCCGAGUCUGCCUGAGUUCGAGGACCUGGAGGUAGGCCGGGAACGCCUGCUCUGCUUGGGGGAAGGUUUUCCACUCGAGCUGCUCCUUGAAGGAUCUCCCUCGAGCUCCCCUUCCUGCAGUUCUUUCUCGUGGAGCUCCGUUUCACCUCCUUCCACUCAGCUCUCCUCACAACACCAACGCUGCCCACGCUCCAUCUCUCGUAACAGAUCCUGUUCCUCAACUCACCACAGACGCAGAUCCCUCUCCAGGUCUCCAUACUCCCGCAGCGAGUCUCCCAACAGCCGUUCUCCCUCUCGUUCUCCUGAAAAUAUGGAUGGUAGCACUUUUAUUCCCAGGAUUUAUAAAAGCCUUCGAUCCCAAUCUAAUUCAAUUUUUGGUCGCAGGCCCCGGUACGACAGCUACGAGGAAUACCAGCACGAGCGUCUGAAGAGGGAAGAGUACAGACGGGAUUAUGAGAAACGGGAAUACGAGAGGGCUGAGCAGAGGGAGACACAACGGCAGAAAGCACUAGAGGAGAGGCGAGUGGUGUAUGUGGGACGUCUUCGUGCCAACAGCACACGCACAGAGCUCAAACGCCGCUUUGAAGUUUUCGGCGAGAUUGAGGAGUGCACAGUCAACUUGAGACAUGAUGGGGACAACUUUGGCUUCAUCACCUACCGCUACACUUGUGACGCGCUCGCUGCUCUUGAAAACGGACAUACCUUGCGCAGGUCGAACGAGCCUCACUUUGAGCUCUGCCUUGGUGGACAAAAGCAAGUCUGUAAAUCAAAUUACACAGAUUUAGAUUCCCAUUCCGACGACUUUGAUCCAGCCUCCACUAAAAGCAAGUACGACUCGAUGGAUUUUGACAGCUUGUUGCGCGAGGCCCAAUACAGCCUGAGAAGGUAAUGAGCACCGGCUGGCUUGAAAGAGAGGAAUUGCAAUACCUCACUCUUCUUUCUGUUCUUUCAAUACAAGACUACCAGACUUUUUACACUUUAAGUGAGAAGAGUAUAUGUGGACGAAAAAGUUCUACGUAUAUAAAGGGAUAUAUGUGUAUAGAUGUAUACCUGCAAAGCAAAGUUUACAUGAAUCUAGCUGCUGCAAAGCUGAGGACAGACAUGGCCUGUGGAGUAGUGUAGUGGACACUGUUUUAGUGGACUACACAAGUGUGCGGUCGUGCACUGUCCCGCUGCACGAGGCUCUGAGAGACACACUAAUCUUCAUCAGAGUUUUCUCCACACUUCACCCUCGGCACUUUGACAGGUGGGGAAGCGCAGCUUUUUCAAUCUGUUUUUAUUGUUUGGAGUUUAUUUUUGUGGGCUGUUUCUUUUUUAAACCGGUGUUUGUAUGUGGUGUUACAUUAUGGAGGGUUUUGGGAAAUCGAUGGGACGGUAACACCGUCUGCAUUUACAGAGCUGGAAAAAUGUAGUCGCCUAUUUACAACUGUUGUUAAAAGAAAUAUUUUUAUUUGAUGUGCAUAUCAGCGUUCUUUGUUUGUUACAGCUAUGCACUGUAAAACGCAGCCUUUUUAAGAUGAAAUUUUCUAGAAUGUUGAUCUGUAGUCAUUGCAAUGAUGUAUAGCCUACACUGUGUGAUCUGAUUGUAAUGUGGAGAUUUGUUGCUCUUAUGGGGGAGCACGCGACAAACUUUGUCUCUGUUUUUCUUUUCGGGUUGUUUUUAUUUGCUUUCAUUUUUGUAAGGAUUUAUUUUAUUCAAGAACUCCAUGUGCAGUUUCAUCCCAUUUUGAAGUUCACGUCGCAGUGUUUUCCUUAUACAUGAUGUGUAUGAUAGAUUUUCAUGGGUUUAUGUUCACACUUGUAUAAAGAAAAAAAACGAUAAACCCCAA